AUGGAGAAAAUACUUGGAUUUUUUGAGCCACUACUCUCAGGAUGCAUAACUCCUUGUAAUUCGUGUGUAGCGGAGAGAGGGAAAUGUGGAAUACGCAUACAUCCUUGUAGAAAGUGUCUAAUGGACAAAUUACUUGGACUUUUUGAGCCAAUAGUGGCAGGAUGCAUAUCUCCUUGUAAUUCGUGUGUAGCGGAGAAAGGGACAUGUGGAAUACGCAUAUAUCCUUGUGAAAAGUGUAUAAUGGAGAAAAUAUUUGGAUUUUUCGGGCCAAUAUUCUCAGGAUGCACAUCUUGUGAUCCGAUGAAAAAUGGAACGAAUUGCAGAGAUCCUGGGCAGUGUCCAUUCAAUCCAAAACCGCUUCCGAACAAGAAUUCGACUUCACCGACUGAAAAUUGUGCAAUUGAAAAAAGGACACCAAUCGAACAAUACUUUUUCAGUGCGUUGAACAGCCAUUUGGGCGGACUAGUCUAUACAUGUCAUGCGGAAGAAAAGGCCAAGAAGCUCAUACGCAGUUUGGACCUCAAAAAAGUUUGUUGGAAUAAUCGCAGACAAAUCGUUGGCUACCAAAAGGGGGACAGAACCUUCGUGUUUUGUGCCUACACUAAGCACAAAACUCUGGAAUCCUACGUAGGCGAGUACCUCACCAGCAGAAACCUAUCUUACUGGGAUGAGCUAGCUGAAAAGAUUCCCAAGUAUUUCCACGGGCGUUUAAGAGCGGGAUGCGAUAAGAAAGAAGACUGGAUUUUGUGCGUAGUGAAGAUCCCUAAGGAGGAACCUAAAUCUUGUAUCUCAUGGCUCAUGGGCACAUUUAAUCGCUUACGUUACUUCUUACCUUGA